GCUUGUCUUAAAUUUAGAAAUUAAUAGAUAAGUUAAAUCUUGAGAUAAUAUAUCAUAAAUUUACUGUAAAUAAAUAAACAAGUUAGUUUUUAAAGAAUUUAAUGCUCAUCUUAAAAUUAGAAAUUAACAAAGUAGUAAAAUCUUGAAAUAAUAAUAACUUACUCGUGAUAAAUAAAUAAAAAAGUUAAAAUUUGAAAAAAUUUAAUUAGAGGAAAAAAAAUAAUAGAAGAGAAAAGAAAUAAAUUUUUCGCCCUAACAAACACAACCCACUUGUCAAAAUUACAAGAAUUAAAUUCAUAGCCAAAACAAAUCACAACGAUUUGCGUGGCAAAGAGUGAUCUCUUCCACUAAUCACCCCCCUUAUCUGCCAUCUCAACACAGAUUAUGAAUUUUCUCUCUCCUCAGCCCAAUCAUUCAGAGAAAUGCAGCAAGAUGGCUAUGCAAUGCUUAUCGCGUCUACGGUUGGAUUAAUGAUUGCUGCAGCUGCUGCAUUAUAUCAUCAACGCAACCUUAAAAACCAAAAACUUGUCCCUAGGAUCAAGUUUGAUAGCUCCAAGAGGGUGGCAAAGCUCGAGCGAUUUUCCCAUUAUGUAGCAAGGCAGUUAGGAUUCCCUGACAGAAGGCUUUGUCCACAGCUCAACAGAUUGGCAUCUGAUUAUAUUCAAAAGAGAGAAGGUUGGGAGGAUACCGUCUACUCCUUUUUCGGUCGUGAUCCAGAUUGUGAUUCACUCUUUAUCAAGCUAGUCGAGGAAUUUGAACGAUGCAUUCUCAGUUAUUUCGCCUUUCAUUGGAGUUUUGCAGAAACUUCCCUCAAACAGGUGAUGCAAGGGCCAGAACCAGAACCGAAAAAGAAGCUCAAGAAUAUUUUGCUAGCUGCCUCAAGGGAGAAGAUAAUAGAGAAGGUGACCAAAGACUUGAAGGUAGCUAGAGUAUUUACCACAUUGGUACAAGAAAUGAAAGCAAUUGGACUCGCUCAGCCAAAACCAGAGAUCGAUGAGUCUGAAUGCACAGAUGUGAUGGCACCGGUAGCUUUCAAAGAUAGAAGUCCAGUUCUCCUCUUUAUGGGUGGUGGAAUGGGAGCUGGGAAAAGUACAGUGCUUAAAGACAUCCUCAUUGAGCCAUUUUGGCAAGAAGCAUCAGGGCAGGCAGUGGUCAUAGAAGCAGAUGCUUUCAAAGAAACAGACUUAUUUUAUAGAGCCCUUAGUUCACGGGGACAUCACGACGCAGUCCACACAGCAGAGCUGGUUCACCAAUCAUCUGCAGACGCUGCAGCUUCAGUACUUGUGACAGCACUGAAUGAAGGUCGGGAUGUUAUCAUGGAUGGCACCCUAUCUUGGCUUCCCUUUGUAGUGCAGACAAUUACUAUGGCCAGGAAUGUCCACCGUAAACGAUAUCGUAUGGGACCUGGAUACCAUGUGGCUAAAGAUGGAACUGUGACAGAAAACUACUGGGAACAAGUAGAAGAUGAAGAGGAAGAACACUCAUCCAUUAAAAAAAGAAGGCCAUACCGAAUAGAGUUGGUUGGUGUUGUUUGUGAUGCCUAUUUAGCAGUAAUUAGAGGCAUAAGGAGGGCCAUCUUAUGUGGGAGAGGUGUGAGGGUAAGUUCACAACUAAAGUCUCACAAAAGAUUUGCAACAGCAUUUCCAGCAUAUUGCCAACUAGUAGACCAGGCCAGAUUAUAUUGCACAAAUGCUUUGGAGGGUCCACCUAAGUUGAUAGGAUGGAAGGACAGAGACAAAACCCUACUUGUUGAUCCAGAGGAAUUCAAGUGCCUAAAGAUAAUUUCAGAGUUGAACGAGGAAGCAGACAACAUUUAUGAGCUUUACAAGGACCCAAACCCAGCAUGUCAAGAUGGCUCUAUUUGGAAAGACAUAGUAUCAUCACCUUCAAGGUUAAAUGUGCAACAGGAACUGAAAUAUUCAAUCCAAAGAGUUGAAGGGUUGAUAGAUACCAAAAAUAACAGGAGCAGCUUCCGGAAUUUAUGAGAGCUGGAUGCCUGGAUUCCAAAAGGAUGCAAGCUGAAGUCUUCCACCAUCUCGAGCUUCUUGUUCUGCAAUUCUGAAUUCUUCUGGAAAAACAGAGUCAAACGUCUGUAUGUAGAUCCAAGCACAUCUACCUGCUAACAACAAUAUAGAUGAUACAGCUGCAGCAUCAUUUGGGGAAGUAUACAGAUCAAUAAAGCACAAGUAGCAGUAUGCUGUUUACAAUGCAAUUUAAUUACGUUGCAUCACACUGACCACCAAGCAACCAACGACACUCACGUCCUAGUGCCAACACUUACAUAUUUUGGUCUUUAAUUCUCUAUGAAUUUCAGCAAUUACCAAUA